CGAUACAGUUCGUGCAAGCAAGCGGUCGAUUGAACAUGGUGCGAUUAAACAGUGCAGCCGGCUCCCGGUGGUGGGCCCCAGCGAUGGCCAUCCUGGCGGUGGCGCUCAGUGUCGAAGCGGCCGAGGUCGCACGGUACGAUAACUACCGGCUGUACCGGGUGACGCCCCACAGCGAGGCGCAGCUACGGUCGGUGGCCGCCAUGCAGCAGGCGAGCGAUAGUUUAAUUUUCCUCGAGACCGCCCGCAAGCUGGGCGAUCGGUUCGACAUCGUCGUCGCGCCGCACAAGCUGGCCGACUUUACCGAAACGCUCGAAUCGGACUACAUCCCGCACGAGCUGAUCGAGCAGAACGUGCAGCGGGCGUUCGAUGAGGAGCGCGUCCGGCUAACGAACAAGCGCGCCAAGGGUCCGUUCGAUUGGAACGACUAUCACACGCUGGAGGAGAUCCACGCCUGGCUCGACCAGCUGGCCAGUGAGCAUCCGAAGGAGGUGGAGCUGCUCGACGCAGGACGUUCGCAUCAGAAUCGCACCAUGAAGGGUGUGAAGCUUUCGUACGGUCCCGGCCGCCCGGGUGUGUUCCUGGAGGGUGGUAUUCACGCGCGUGAAUGGAUCUCGCCCGCCACCGUGACGUACAUUCUGAACCAGCUCCUCACCAGCGAGGAUGCGAAGGUGCGUGCACUGGCCGAAAAGUUUGACUGGUACGUGUUCCCGAACGCAAACCCGGACGGGUACGCGUACACCUUCCAGGUGAACCGGCUGUGGCGCAAAACGCGCAAAGCGUACGGUCCGUUCUGUUACGGGGCCGAUCCGAACCGCAACUGGGACUUCCACUGGGCCGAGCAGGGCACGAGCAAUAACGCCUGCUCGGACACGUACCAUGGAUCGGAAGCGUUCUCGGAGGUUGAGACCCGUUCGCUGGCUGCGUUUGUGGAGAAGCUGCGCGGUAAGCUCGGUGCAUACAUUGCGUUCCACUCGUACUCGCAGCUGCUGCUGUUCCCGUACGGUCACACCGGGGAGCAUUCGCCGAACCAUCAGGAUUUGAACGAGAUUGCCGAGGCGACGGUAAAGUCACUGGCGAAGCGGUACGGUACGCAGUACAAGUACGGCAAUGUGUACGAUGCGAUCUAUCCGGCGAGCGGGUCGAGCGUUGACUGGAGCUAUGGGGCACAGGAUGUGAAGAUUGCGUACACGUACGAGCUGCGUCCGGAUGGCGACGCCUGGAAUGGGUUCGUGCUGCCACCGAACGAGAUUGUGCCGACGGGCGAGGAGACGCUGGAUUCGCUCAUCACCCUGCUGGAGGAAUCAUCCGCCCGUGGCUAUUACGAUGAGAAGCAUUGAAGUCUCUCCUACCGGGGCUUGGUUGGUGGCUUAGCGUUGCUUUUAGUGUGUGAUCGAUGAAUCUAAGGUGAAUAAACCGAACAAAAAACUGUAA